GCCAUUUUUAUAUUUUGUAAUAUCAAAUUUGCAUUCAUUUUGUUAUUGACGAAAUUUGUUGUUUUGUAAAGAUUCGAUAAAUAUACGAAUGAAUUAAAAUGCCACGUAAAACAAUUUACUGGACCCGUAAAUUAGAACUACAGUUAGUGGAAUUUGUCCGCCAAAGAGAGUUUAUAUGGAAACCAUUGGGAAACACAAACCAUCACAUACAGCAAAAAUAUAAAGCCUAUGCAGAGUUCGCCGCUAAUUUAGGCCGAGGAUUUACUGCCCGUUCCGUUCGCGACAGAUGGGUGAACAUCCGAAGCACGUUUAACCACAACGUGCGGCGAGUGGACAAGUCCAAAGAGACUGCAGCGUCGCCCGCCGACGUGUACGUCCCUUGCUGGCCGCUGUGGAAGCCGCUGCAGUUCUUGAGGGAUGUGUCGGUUCGAGAAGAUUCUGGUGUAGUGACAUAUGAACCAAACUCAGGCCCGGAGGUUAGUGAGAUGCCCUUAAAACAAGAAAUACAGUUUGAAGAAGAUAAAGAGUUGCUAACAAUCAGGCAACGUGGCCAGAGAACAGACAGGCCUCGACGCAAAAUGAAAUUCCACCCAAACAUCAAGGAUAUCGACUGCCAAAAAGUAUUAGAUGAUCUCCGGAUUGCCAUGAGACCUUUGAUUACUAACACUAACAAUGACAAUGAAGAUCAAAGUUACUGGUUCUUUGGCAAACACAUCACGGAACGGCUGAAUUGUAUGAGAACAGAAGAUGCUGAAUGUGCCAGUCGGGAUAUUCUUGCUCUGUUGGAGAAUUGGCCAACUAAUGAUACAUGAACUGGCUCAGUAAUGGAAUUUUGAAUGGAGCGCAAUGUUCCCAAUAUUUGAGAGGAUAUCUUGUGGUAAUUACUGUCCCCAAAGGAGUUUGAGGAGUUGUUACUAGUGUCUAUAUGUUGCCAAACUAUUUUUUGUUGCUUGGUUUGCAUAAUAUUGACAAAGGCAUAAUUAGUAACCUUGGUUGUCACAAUCUCCCCUAGUAAAUUGCCAGCUUAGCAAUAUAAAAAAAAUGUUUACUAAUGGGUAAGCAUCUUUGAGGAUUUUUUGCUAGGUUUAAAGAAAUAAAAUACACAACAUUUUCUUAAAAUUAUGUAUAGAAAAUUUGCAUGUAAAUAACAAUUAUAGUUAUAAAACCAAAUUCAACUUAUGUACUCAUUAAAAUAAAAGGAAUAAAAUUCAGUAUUGAAAUA